CCCCAUUCCUGGAGACUGUGGGAGGAGAGGGAGGGGAAAGGCGUGUCUCGCCCCGGCUCAGGCUGCCGCUGCUUCUACUGCGCCUGCUGCUGGAGGCAGAGCGGCGCUAUAAAAGAACUGGCGCGGCGCCGGCUCCGGUCUCAGUCAGCGCCUCUGCUCACGCCGUGGAGACAGCGAGCAGCGCGGCUUGCGAGCCAAGGGGCCGGGGAGAGAGUGGGCGCUCGCUCCGGGCAACCCCAAUGCGUGGACUAUCUGCCGCUGCACUAUGCUGGAGCCACAGUGCCGCUGAACGGAGAUUGCACGCGGCCGGCUGGGCUGGAUUGCAGCGCUGUCUUUCCUUAUGAAGAAGACACAAACUUGGAUUAUCACUUGCUUUUAUCUUCAACUGCUCCUACUUAAUCCUCUUGUCAAAGGUCUCUGUGGGAAUCCAGUGACAGAUGAUGUGAAUGACAUUACAAAACUGGUUGGAAAUCUUCCAAAUGAUUAUAUGAUAACCCUUAGGUAUGUUCAGAAGAUGGACACUCUGCCUAAUCACUGUUGGUUGCAUUUGAUGGUGCCUGAGUUUUCAAAGAGUCUGCAUAAUCUUCUGCAAAAAUUUUCAGAUAUGUCUGAUGUUUUAAGUAACUAUUCAAUCAUCAAUAAUCUCACGAGGAUAAUCAAUGAUAUUAUGUUAUGUCUAGAUUCUGAGAAAAAUAAGAAUUUUAGAAAAGAAAAUGUUCAUCUUUAUGAAGAAGGCAGGUUCAUUCCUGAAGAAUUCUUUAGGCGCUUUAAUAGAACUAUUGACGCCUACACGGAUUUUGCAAAAAAAUCAGAUCAUAGUGACUGUGUUCUGCCAUCAACAACAGAAACACCAGAGAACAAUCCAAGAGUCAGUGUAACAAAUCCAUUGUUGUUACUUCCUGUUGCUGCCAGUUCCCUUAAGAAUGACAGCAGUGACAGUAACAAAGAGGCACUCGACUUCAUUAGCAGCCCCAGCCUGAAAGUGAUAAGCAUAGCACUGCCGUCAUUGUUUUCUCUUCUUAUUGGCUUUACUUUGGGAGCCAUCUGCUGGAAGAAAACACAUCGCACACCCAGACCAGAAAGUGAUGAAACAACACAGUGUAAUAACUGUCAAGAGGAUAAUGAGAUAAGUAUGUUGCAGCAAAAAGAAAAAGAGCUCUUACAAGUGUAGCUGUUGCUUUUUUCCAACACUGUUACUGUUUCAUGUACUGGCAGCCAACAGUUCCAUGUUUGCUUCAUAAAUGAAGCAACUUUAAGCAUAUUCAUAUUCCUUCUGGAGUGACAGACUGAGUCUGCAUUGAUUGCUCCCCAGGAUCCAUACUGAUUCAAAGACAUGAGAACGAAGGGCGUGUUUGUUACUGUGAAACCAGCACUGAAUUGAACAGCAUCAAGAAGAGUGUGCUCUGAGCAGAACUGUAUUUUAUUCAAAUACCUACCUUGUGUGGAAUUGGGAGUCAUUUAACUGUACAGUCCUUACAGCUGAUUCUGGCAAAGGAAGUACGUGGCCUGAACAAAAAAAAAAACCCAUCUUUCAAAUGCCUCCAGAAACAUGUAAUCUUUGAAAGUCAUAAGGAAGUUUGUAUUCUUAAUUUACAUCCUGUGUCCUCUUGCUUACCCUGAUGCCUACAAAUGGAGUUCUCUGAAUUAAAAAAAAAAAAAAAAAAAUGCAGAAAUGGAUACAGAAACAUACUCUGCAGUAUUGUUGUGUAAAACUUGCAAGACAGGUGGUGCACCGGACCAGUGUGCUAGCCUUUUACUUCUAAGGAACUGGUUUCAUAUCUAGCAAAGGUCAUAUGUAAAAUGAGAUGUGGUCUCUAUCUUGUGCCAGGUGGAUGUACGUCCACCUCAAAAAUCCUCCAUAGAACUUGGCUUGGCUGGUGGUCUCCAUUUAGAAGAAGCAAAGAAUGGAUCAAAAAGAAGUAAAGCGGAAGGGACAGUAGCAGGAUGGAGCUUUGACAGCAUUAGGAGAAACUGUUGUAUGUGUGAAGACUCCAAUUAAAAUCCCAGCCAUAGAAUGGGGAGGGAAAACAAAGUUUGAAUUGCAUUCAACAUCUGGAAUAACAGUACACUCAUGAAACCUUUUCUAAAUAUUGAUGAUGCAUGCCACUGAUUCCUUAGCUUAUAUAAGAUGUAGGAAAUGUGGAAGAUACUGAUAAUGAAUUUAUUAAUUACUGCGGACAUACAGUAAAAGCUAUUUGCAUUGUGUUUUAAAUGACUAAUACGGUUUUAUUUUUUAAUCCGGCAUCCUCCUCUUUUUUUUUUUUUUUAAGAUGAAUUCUAGUCAAGGUAUGAAAGCUUUAUUUCCAGUUGUCCUCAGUGUCUACUGCUAUUAUUAAAUACAUGAACUACAGAAACAAGACUGAUAAUAAAUUAAGACUUUGUCAGACAUGCAUUUUUAAGGAGGCACUAAAAAUACUAUGCUGAAACUUGCAACGUGCUUUUUAUGCAUCCCAUUUGUACAGUCUCUUUCCAGAAAAUGGAUACUACUUAUUUAUCUAUUUUAAUGUUGUCUGCUGCAGAAAGAAGGAAUGUCUCACCCCAAAUGACAAACUGCCUAACAGCUGACCAUUAACCCAGUAACAGUUAAUUAAAAUAUGUCUAAAAUAUUUUGUUUUAAUGACUUCAUAAAGCUGACUAUAUUUUAGAGAUACUUUUAGAAGAACUGUCAUGGAUGCUUUAGUUAUUUCCUUAAUCUGCUAUGAACUAUAUGUCAAAGGAAUUUACUAUACAUAGGGUCUGUUAAUUAGUAAGACAGCUGAGUGCCACAAUGUACAAAAAGUAUUAUGAUCAAUGAUGGAGAUUACAGAUAUGUAUAGACAAUUUGGGUGGAAACUUGGCAAGUCAAUGGCAAACUCCUGUUGAUUUCAAUGGGGUCAAAAUUUGCCCUGUAGGGUCUAGUUUUCAAUGUUCUAGCAGUGAUACUCAGCUGGUAUAAACUGUCAUAGCUCCAUUAAAGUCAAUGGAGCUAUGAUAAUCUACAUUAAUUGAGGAUCUGUCCCUACAGCAGGUCAAGAGGCUUUUGUGUAAGUCAGAAUUGGACCCUAAUGUCUUGACUUUCAUAAGGUGCUGGAGCACCCACCACUUCAAUUGAAAUAAAUGGGAGAAGCUCAGCACCUCUAAAAAUCAGACCCUUAGCAACUUUUAGCACUACAGAAAACCAAGCAGUAGAAUUCUCCAUCUAUAGUAGCUCCAUCUGACACAAUAAUGUAUGUGUCUGUAUUUCUUACACUAGUAUUUCAAGCCUACUUUAAAAGUUCCACUUUUAGAAUCUCAGCAUGACCUAAUGUUUGUUUGCGAACUUGCACCUAGAGCCCUGCAGUAGGACUAGGAUCCUGCUGCCAUAAUAGUGGGAGUGGGUAAAAUGUACUUUGUUGCUGGCAGGAUUGGGUGGGCAAAAAAAAAAAA